CAAAGUAAAGAUAACACAAUAAAAACUGUUUUUUCUGCAAUAAUUAUUCCAAAGAUUAAUACGAGAUGCUAAAUGGCCGGCAGAUGUCCAUUAGCUAUUGGGCUAAGCUCCUUGGUUAAAACAAACACAGUAGCCUUACAUGAAAAUUCAAAGCUAAAAAAGAGAAGAUAGAAAUGACAGUCAAUGAUUGGGCUAAGCUGGACCCAAAAUUGUCAAUGGCAGCCCAUUCCAUCCACUUCGAAAGGACGGUAUUACCCUCGAAUUGGUACCAUACCUUGACGGGAACUAAAGAACUGUACGAGGAAGGAAAAGCAGAGGAGUUAAACCCAGUUCUGUUCGGAGAGCGCCUGCGUCGUUUGAGCACCUGGCAAAACCUUCUGUCUUUUGAACACAAGAGGUUGAAACGAGGAAUUUCUAUUCUUCCGUAUCAAUGGCGUUUAGGCGUAGCCUUUCUAAUAGAGCAACCCUAAUAGCUAGACGAUAUCAACCAUCAUUUGCCUACAUUGUCCAUGAAGAUGACCGUAAAAAUCAACCUUCAAACGAGUUCCUAUCUCAACAAAAACCCGUUAAUUUUGUUCAGCAGAGAUCUUUUGGAACUGGGUUUAGUAAUUCAUCCUCAGGGUUUGGUUUGUUGUUCCAAGAUAGAAGAUGCUCCCAACUAUCUUUUCUUCCUAGCUCUGGCGUAUCUUUUUAUCGGUAUAUGUCCACUACGGUUAGCGGUGGGGCAGAUAAGAUUGAGCUCAUGAGUGAUGUUGCGGAAGUUCUUAAGGAUAGUGCUGUUGAAGCAGUGACUUCACAGGCUCCUGCUGUGAAUGAGGUUGCCAUUGCUGCUGCUGAUUCUUGGUUACCUGUUGCUACCUUGCAGUAUAUUAUUGAUGCAGUUCAUUCUUUUACCGGCUUUAACUGGUGGGCUUCCAUAGUAGUGACAACGCUUUUGAUUCGAGGAGCAACUCUUCCACUUUUGAUAAAUCAACUUAAAGCUACUACAAAAAUGACACUAAUGAGGCCACGCUUGGAGGAAAUCAAGGAGCGGAUGGCAAGCAAGGGUAGUGAUUCCCUGUCAACGGUGGAAGGUCAAAAUGAAAUGAAAAAGCUUUUCACCGAAUAUGGUGUUACUCCAUUUACUCCUCUGAAAGGGCUUUUUAUUCAGGGGCCCAUCUUUGUCAGCUUUUACAUUGCUAUUACGACCAUGGCUGAGAAAAUGCCAUCAUUUAAAUGCGGUGGAGCAUAUUGGUUUCUGGAUCUCACUACUCCCGAUAGUUUAUACAUCUUUCCAGUGUUAACAGCACUGACUUUUUUGACAACAGUGGAGGCCAUAUUUUGUUAUUGGAUUACAUCAAAUUUUUUUUCCCUCGCUUAUGGACUAGUGCUUAAGGCUCCCGGGGUGAAGAAGGCUUUAGGUGUUCCUGAAAUACCUAAGCAGCCAGCGAAUACUUCGCCACGGGCUUCUAUUGAUCUAUAUUCAGCUCUCAAACAAACUCUCAAACAAGCCAGAACAGCAGCAGAAGAGUCUGCCUCAGUCCCUGUUGCACCAACAAAAGUAUCAAACCAAAGAAUACCCUCUUCUUCGGCUAUCAGUCAGAGGCUUAAAAAUUUAGAGAAACAAGUUAAGGGAAGGAAGAAAAACAAGAAGAGGUGAGGAAACUUUCUUCCCAGAAGUUGAAUUGCCAUUAAUUUCCUCAGAUGAGGUUACUGGUGUCAUAAAUAAUGACUAAUAUGUAUUAAAAGUUUGCAUCAUAUAUUAUUUUGUAGGGCCUAUUGUUUGAGGCCAUAGGAAAAAAGUGACGAUGAAGAGUUAUUUUAUGCAAUUCAGGGGUUAGAGAAUUUUCUGUUCCCGAUGAUCUGGGGGUUUUGUACUAGUAACUGAUGUAUUCACCGCAUAUGUGCUUUGCGUGGUGAAGAAAAAUACAAAUAAAUCACAUGUUGGAAGGCUUUGGGCUAGCUGAGGUUGGUUCCCAUGGGAGGUUUCUUUCUGUAUUAACAUUCAUAAUACUAAUAAUUAUCGAAUGUAUAUUAGUUUGAUGGUGUAGUUUGAUAA